CAAAAAUGAAACUAGCAUAUAAUCUCAAGAAGUGGACUUUUCUCCUCUCCUGCCUUCUUUCUCUACGAUUCCAAGCCAUAUAUUCCAUAAUUUCCAUUUUAUGUUAUCCUUUUCAAAGCACUUCAAACAAAAAAAUUACAGGAAUUGGCCCCAUGUAGACGGAGUCAAGUCCACCCCCCCCCCCACCCACCAACCCCACCCCCCUACCCUGGAAAGAAAAUAAAAAAAUUGCACCCAAACAAAAACCUCAAUAACACCAAGGCAACUUCAUUGGUCAUUUCAUCAAUAUAUUUAUAACUUCAUUAGUUUAUCGCCAAACACUCUCUCUCUCUCUCUCUCUCUCUCUCAGACAUCACCAUGGAUAUGGAGCAAGAAGAACUCCAAUUCCUAGGCCUAUUCGGCAUCUACAAAGAAACCUUCAAACUCAUCUACAAGCUAAGAAAAAUCCUCUCCCAAAUAACCCUAGCCCUAAUCCUCCCACUUUCCUUCAUCUUCCUAGCUCAGGAGAGAAUCUCCGAGCUCCUCUUUUGGAAAAUCCGGACCAACGAGUUCCGGCUCCACAGCUCCGCGCCGGGGAGCCCUAAGCACGACAAGCUCUCGGACCUCGUGUCGGCCGAAUGGGCCGAGUACGUGCUCCUCAAGCUCGCCUAUUUCGCAUUCGUCCUCGUAUUCUCCCUCCUCUCGACCUCCGCGGUGGUCUACACCGUCGCCUGCGCCUACACCGCCCGCGACGCCACCUUCACCACCGUCAUGAGCGUCGUCCCUAGGGUUUGGAAGAGGCUCAUGAUCACCUUCCUCUGCGCCUUCUUCGCAUUCUUCCUCUACAACAUAGGGUUUGUCGUAACCCUACUUGUGUGGAGCGCCACCGUAUCCGAUUCCACGGUCGGAAUCCUAAUUUUCGUGGUGGUCUUGAUCUUAUACGGUGUCGUUUUCGUGUACUUAACCAUUGUUUGGCAGCUGGCCAGCGUGGUUUCGGUUCUAGAAGAUUCACGUGGGAUCGAGGCGAUGAUGAAGGGGAAGAGGCUGAUGAAGGGGAAGAUGGUGGUGGCGGCGGCCAUAUUCUUGAAGCUCAACAUUUCCAUCUUUUUGUUGAACAUUUUCUUUAAGAUUUUUGUGGUGUACGGGAGCUUUAGAUCAGUGGGCCUGGCUCGGAGUUUAGGGUUAGGGGUUUUUUUUCUGGUCGUCUUGUUGAUGACUAUUUUGUUCGGUUUGGUAGUUCAGACAGUUCUAUACCUGGUGUGCAAGUCGUACCACCACGAGAACAUCGAUAAGUCUGCGCUCUCGGACCAUCUCGAGGUUUAUUUGGGGGAUUAUGUGCCUUUGAUGGCUAAGAAUGUGCAGAUGGAAGACCUCCAUGGUGUUUGACUUUUUUUUUUGGAUAUAUAUAUAUGUGUGUGUGUUUUGUUAGGGGCAAUGAGGCAUACAUGAAUAUUAUUUUUAUUUUAAUCUUGUAAUCUGCUGCAAUAUUGAGGUAUCAUCAGUGAAAUCAAAGGUUAUUUUGCAA